AUCACCGGGAUGGAUUUUGGGAUUUUGAGUGAUGUGUUUAUCUGAUCUCGGAACAACGAUCAGGAGAAUGCACCAAUAGAACAGUUAUGGGUGCGAAAUAUUUUUGAACUACUUCUUUUGUUAGAGCUAAAAGACUUGCAUGUAAAUGUAAGAUGGAAGGAUUGAAGCUUAGCGAACAAGAACAGCAGUUCUACGGUGAAUUAUUUCAGACCUGCGAUGUUGACGGGAAUGGGAAAAUUACUGGAAUAAAAGCAUCAGAACUUUUCAGAGCCUCUGGGUUAUCGCAAGAGCAGCUAGUGCAGAUCACUGAACUGUGUGGAGCCAAGCGAUUAGGCCAUUUUGGCCGAAGCCAGUUCUACAUUGCUCUCAAGCUGAUUGCUGCCACCCAGAUAGGCCUUCCCGUGAAACUUGACAGUCUCAACUCAGGUGUAGACAUUCCUUUGCCAAAGUUUGGGAAAAUAUCUGACCAAGGAGACAGACGAUUACACCUUGGAACUGACACGGAAAUCAUGUCCAUGAGUGACAGCAAACCCAUCCCGCCACAAACCGGACAGUUGCCGCCCCCUCCAUCUGGAAAGAAAUCUCACACACGUAGUUUAUCUGGACAGUACCGGGGCAUGGUACUCGAUGGCCAAUCAUCAUUUACACAACAACCACAGACAAUAAAUCGAGAUGAAGCUGAUGAUUCCAAGUCGCCUCCUUACUCACCGACCAAAACCCCUCCGUCUUCACCCCCGGCCAGACGACAGUUGUUGAAGCAGCAGACGGCACCGGCCUCAUUUCCCGCCGUUGCUGUGAUGGCUGCCGUGAACACCCAGCAGCCCGUGGUUGUGGACGGUGGACAUGUUAAUCCAGUGGCGCUCUCUAGUGGAGCUUAUGUCAACUCUGCAACUGAGAACGGAAAUUGGGCCAUGUUUGAAGAGGAAGAUGCUCACUUGUUGCUCGGAACUGGAAUUAAGAAGUGGACAGAUUCGUUGGAACCUCCUGGCUUUGACUCUUCAUCUAUCAGUUCGGAAGCGGAAAGUGUCGAUGACAUCUGGUCAAUAACCGAGGAGCAGCGUGAAUACUAUGAGAAGCAGUUCAAGACAAUGCAGCCCGAGCUAACUGGAAUAAUAACAGGCCCUGUUGCAAAAGAAUUCUUUGAAAAAUCCAAGCUGCCUGUUUUGGAGCUCUCUAAAAUAUGGCAACUUUCUGACUUGAAUCGGGAUGGUGCUCUCUCGAUAGAUGAGUUUUGUAUCGCGAUGCAUUUGGUUGUAUUACGCCGCAACGACAUAGAACUACCAGAGCAACUGCCAAUAUCACUGAUGCCAUACUCUACACUUUCAAAUGAUGAACCUUUUGCUGCUGACUUACCUCCAGGAAGUACCUUGAAACGAGCGACUCCACCCUCACCCCAGGCCACACAGUGGACAGCAAGUUUUAUUCAAGAAUCUCCUGGAUCUAGUGGUGUCCCUUCACCAACAAUAAGACCAGUCAACUUUGAAUUUGCCAAACCCAAUGCUUCAGAUCCAGAUUCCAAUAUUAUUCAUCCUGUUGCUUUGAGAAUGUCGCCGGAAGGUCUUCCGCUGCCAUCUGAUGGUUAUGACAGGAGUAGGGCUCUCUCAGAUCCUGUAGGUCAUGACCCUAUUUCCCCUGACGAUGAAAGUCUGAGUCCCUCCAAACAACGCUCCUUGACCGAAUCAUUAGUUGACUCCGAUCAGUCAUCCAAGUAUAAUGCCCCUCUCCACGGCCGACCUCGGCCCAUACCAAAGAAACAUGCUAAUACAGUUCCGAUGGUUGGUCAGGGUAAGAUACAGCCACCCCCUAGUCAAGACUUGCCGGCUGGACCUGAAAGACCCAACGUUCUGCUGUCUGCAAUCAGUUGUGAUAAUCAAGGGCCACCGGCCCCACCCCCUAGACCUCCUGGAGCUCAUGGUCGCAGUAUGUCGGUAGACUACAAAACCAAAUUAGAAGGAGGUACGUCAACAUUAUUACCUCCCCCUGCAGUGCCACCUCGGGUAUCACCAAAAGAUCCUCCAGCACGUAAACUGACUGACAUGAAGGGAACCGGUGCAAUAGAUGUCUCGGAAAAGUCGGUGUCGUUUGUUGACAUCAAGCAAAAUGACUCAACAAUGUCAAACCAGUUUAAAAAACAUUUAGGGCGAUCACCUCGUGACCGACACAGAAGAUGUUAUUCUUUAGAUUAUAAGAAAUUGCUAACAAAUGAUUCUGCUUCUGCAAGUGGUGAUUUUUCUGCUGAUUCCUUUGUUUCUUGUACGUCGGUGGAAAAGAAAGAUGUUUGGACAGCUGGAGACGAACAAGACUCAUCGCCAGGGAAAUUAUCGGAAAGUUUUCUUAGACAAGUUAGUCGUGAUAAACGUGAGCUCACGAUGGCAGUAAGGACACACAAAGAACGCAAUGUAAUGUUAACUCGUUUGAACAGUGAGCUCAAUCAAGAACUGCAGGAGGUGAUGGAGCAAAGAAUAGCAUUAGAAAUUCAGCUGGAGCAUCUGCGGCCAUUUUCCAGCUAGUCUUCGGCCGUGGUGUGCGUGUGUUUGUUGUGUUUCGGUACAAAAAAACAAAAACAAAAAACAACUCAAGAUAUUCAUGUUGAAGUUGGAAACACAAGCCUUCUGGUAUAGGAGUUCAUUUAACUUAGUUCUUGUGUUACCUUGGAAACACAAGCCUUCUAGUAUAGGAGUUAAUUUAACUUAGUUCUUGUGUUGCCUUGGAAACACAAGCCUUCUGGUAUAGGAGUUAAUUUAACUUAGUUCUUGUGUUGCCUUGGAAACAAGCCUUCUGAUAUAGGAGUUAAUUUAACUUAGUUAUUGUGUUGCCUUGGAAACACAAACCUUCUGGUAUAGGAGUUCAUUUAACUUAGUUAUUGUGUUGCCUUGGAAACACAAGCCUUCUGGUAUAGGAGUUCAUUUAACUUAGUCCUUGUGUUGCCUGGGAUUGCAGUUUUACAGUUUGUUCUACAUUUUUAUUCUCUCUCUUGUUGUAAUUUGUACGCAAUAAAAAUUGAACAAGUUAGCAACAAUAUUUAAAAUAAGUAGCAGGAUUUUAGUGGGGGUUUUUUCCCCGCCAGUUCAUUAAUUGCAAAUAAAAGUUCCAAUUCUGCAAUUAUAUUUCAUACUGAAGUAACCAAAGUAACAAAUUCCAUGGCUAUUUAAAAUCUUUGUCAGAAUUCAACCAAAAAAAUCCAACUUUAUGGCUUUGUAUGAUUCCUUUGUUAGAAUUCAACCCCCAAAAAAUCUGUGAAUUUGAUAGUUAUGUAUGAUUUCUUUAUUGAAAUUAAAGCUGAAAGUCUGUGAAUGACUGUGUAUGAUCACUUGCUGGAGGGUGCUGCUUGGAUAUGAGUGCUACCAGAGAUGUGUUACAGCUGUGUUUGCCCUUAAACGUGAUUCUUGAUGCGGUGCCAAGCUACUGUAUUACCAAUCAGGUUGUGUGACUAUGGACUAUUUUUACACACAGUGAUUCCUUCAAAUGUUACACAAAGUAUUGUUUUGAAAAAACUAAAUUGUGUUUGCUUGCUUGCUCGUCUUGUAUUUGUUUUAUGAUUGGUUUUUAAUGCUGUUUUGUCAUUUCUGCAAAACUGUGACAUGUUAUUGCAUAAAUACUCAGUUUGUGUA